ACAGAGCAGCCACCCCGUGCGUCUGCUCUGCGCUGCCACCAAAAGGCUUGUGAGGAUUUGUCAGCCAGAUGUGACAAGAUUGUCAAGAGGCAGGCGAGGAGAGAGGGAGAUCUGAUAUUAAUCAGAGCGUAGCUGGGAGCCAAACUCUCUCAGACUCAGUGUACUAACAUGUUCCCCUCAUUUACUCCCUCUCUGAGCCAAACACUCCCUCCGAGUUCCUAACGGGGAGACACAUACACUAGGAAGCCAACCUAACUUUGGCUCGCCUCCUUUUACCUCCCCACAACCUCAUUGUCUUUUAAGUUUUUUUUCCUCUUUAAAGAAGCCAACCCUUUUCUCAUGGAUAUUCAGGCUAUCUGCUGCACUUUGGUGAACUGUAACUGUGAUAGCUUCAAGCCUGGGAAGCUGAAGAGGAGGCAGUGUGAAAACUGCAAACAUGGUUGGGUAGCACACGCCCUGAGUAAACUGAAGGUACACCACAUGUACCAGAGCAGCCAGGUGGAGAUUGUGCACUCCAAUGUGGUGUUCGAUAUCUGCAGCCUGAUGCUCUAUGGCACCCAGGCUAUCCCCAUUCGCCUCAAGAUCCUCCUGGACCGUCUUUUCUCUGUCCUAAAGCAGGAGGAGGUCAUCCAGAUCCUCAACGCACUUGACUGGACACUGCAAGACUACAUACGAGGAUAUGUGCUGCAGGAUGUAGCAGGGAAGGUGCUGGACCGGUGGGCCAUCAUGACGUUCGAGGAGGAGAUCGCCACACUUCAGCAGUUCCUGCGUUUUGGCGAGACCAAAUCCAUAGUAGAGCUGAUGGCUCUGCAGGACAAGGAGGGCCAAGCAGUGUUGGUUCCCAGCACCCGCACCAACUCAGAUAUCCGCACUUUCAUUGAGCGCAACACCCCACGCACUGCUGCCAACCUCUCUGCAUCCAAAGUCGAUAAGCUGAGCAGCAAUAGCAUGCACCACUUUGAGAACUUUGUCAACAGCAUGGCCUUCAUGCUGCCUUUUCAGCUGUUAGGCUCUGUUCCCGCACCGUUUCUGGGCUCACCAACAGGGGCACCACAGCAGCAGCACCUGCACCAGCAGCACCAGCAGUCAUGCCGUGGGUCAAUGGAGCAGCAGAAUCAGAGACAAGAUGAUCAAGGUCGCGAUGGUCUAAUGAGGGAUAACCAUCUUCCUCUUUCACAUCCUGCAGAGAGCAGUCUGCUAGGUUCCAGCUCCGUCUCAUUCACUGCUGACCUUGACCGAAGUGGAGACAAGCCAAUGGAUAGCCUCUCCACCACCACAAAGAUCGAGGCAGAGGACUUCUCCACUAGUGACAACUACUCAGAUGGACCCUCCACACCUUGCACACCCUCUGUGAGCUCUGAUGUAACCCAGAUGUCACCCGAAGGCAAGCUGCGCUCCCUGGACAGGAAUGGAAGCAGCAGUGGAGGCAUCUCAGGAGGUGGUGGGGGAGGAUGCUCUCUGAAGAAAGGUCGCGUAUUUUGCAACGCCUGUGAGAAGACAUUUUACGACAAAGGCACACUAAAAAUCCAUUACAAUGCAGUGCACCUAAAGAUUAAGCACAAGUGUACCAUUGAGGGCUGCAACAUGGUGUUCAGCUCGCUGCGCAGUCGCAAUCGCCAUAGUGCCAACCCGAACCCACGGCUACAUAUGCCUAUGAACCGCAACAACCGGGAUAAAGACCUGCGGAGCAGCUUGUCCGGCGAUGAGAGCUCUCAAGGAGAGAAGAGGCCUGAAUAUGGAACCCCCAUCCCUGUCUGCUCUGCAGAAAGCCAUAAGUCAGUACCCAGCUACAUGGUGAGCCAUGUGGACAGUGGCUCUAAACUCCAUAGCAGCUCGUUCCCCAGCAUGGGCCAGAGUGGCAUUCUCUUCCCUAACUUAAAAACAGUACAGCCAGUCCUGCCUUUCUACCGCAGCCUGGUAACCCCGGCAGAGCUUGCCAACACCCCAGGAACACUACCGUCCCUUCCUCUGUUAUCCUCCUCUGUACCCAUCAAACCCAUUACAGCCCCUGAACCCUGCAUGACCGACCCCAUACCAAAGAAAAAGUCUCGGAAGUCAAGCAUGCCAAUAAAGAUAGAGAAGGAGGUGGUGGAGCGAGAUGAGCAGAUGGAUAAGGGGAGCAGCUCUGAGGACGAGGCUCCUUUGCAGGGCAGGGACAAGGAAGAGUGUGACGGAGGCCGAGCAGAAGGGCAAAUGUGCUUGAGACAAGCUGGGGAGGAGAGGGAGGACAGAGGGGCUUACAUUGGCGAAGAGAAGGAAAGGGAGGGCUUGGACCAAACUUUAGAUAGUGAAAUGACAGCGAAAGAGGACAAAGAUGAUGGGCCAAGGCAAGCUGACACAGGAGUCAACACCUCUGCACCCUCCCCCUUCGAAGACAGACUGAUGGAGAAUCACUGUGAGAACAACUUACUCUGUCAAGAACCCAAUGCUAAUGAAAAAAGGGAGGACAGGGAACAUGCAAACUCGCUGCAUGCAGCUGACAAGAUCUCAGAGCUCAGAUGGGAUGAGGGUGAGCACAGGCUGACUAAUGGGGGCACUCUGCAGCUCAUGGACCAUGAGAGGGAGGGCUCAGACGGCUGUGUAGAUGAUUACAGUGAAUCAGGUUUGUCUCACCUCGAUCCCAACGCUGACCUGCCACACCACUGUGAGAUCUGCAGGAAGACCUUUAAAAACCCCUACAGUGUCAAGAUGCACUACCAAAAUGUCCACCUGAAGGAGAUGCACAUGUGCACAGUGGAUGGCUGCAAUGCUGCCUUCCCCUCCCGCAGGAGCCGAGACAGACACAGUGCAAAUUUGAACCUACACCACAAACUGCUGACCAAAGACUCAUUCAGCCCAGCCAACACACUAUUCUUGCCCUCAUCCCACUGUAGAGACAAAGACUCUGUUGGCUACUACCAAGACCAGCGGGACAGAGACCUGCUCCAUCGAGACCCAACCAGCCAGACCUCCGUCAUCUUCCGAGGACACAAUCGCAUGGGUCUGGUCUUCCCAAUGAGCAAAAUGUCUAGUGUACCAGACAGUGCUGGGACAUCUCCCACAGGAGAAAUGGGGGGAUUAAGAGGAGGAGGAGAAGUUGGUGGAAGUGGGGAGGAAGGGGCAGUCCUGGACCUGAGCACCUCCUCCUCUGCCCCACCUCGUGGCAGCAGCAGCGCUCGAUCUUCCUGGGACUCAGAUGGUGCUGGUAGUGAGGAAGGGGAAGGGAUUGAAGAUGAAGAGGCGCUCCCCAUGGAGGACAGUGAUGAAAGCUGCGAUGGGAUCGGCGUGGGGAGGCCUGGGGGCGAGGAGUUGGCACUUGGGGGAGAGAGGACUGUGGACUGCAUUGGGGGAAGUCAAGGGGGGCUUCAGGGAGGUGGGGCUGGAUCUCCCAUAACCUGCCACGUCUGCCAAAAGGUCUACAGCAACAAGGGCACAUUCAGAGCCCAUUACAAAACUGUCCAUCUGCGACUGCUUCACAAAUGUAAAGUCCCUGGCUGUGAUACAUCCUUCUCCUCUGUGCGUAGCAGAAACAGGCACAGCCAAAACCCAAACCUUCACAGGAACCUAGCUGUUAGCUCAUGUGCCACGAUAGAGCAGGAGUAGAGAUUUGAGCUCAUAUGCUGAUUUCCUCGGUUCUAAUUGUCUUUUUCUUGUAAUUGACGUUGUUGUUGUUAUUAUUGUUGUUUCUGGGCACACCAAUUAGCACUUUUAAAUUCCAUUCUGUUGUCAUAUUUGGGGAGAAAGGAGGGUGGGAAAGAAAGUACAAUGGGGAGUUCUUUUAUUGUAACUAAUGCAGCUUGUUUUUGUAACAAAUGGGUUCUUCUACAAGGCAUAGAUUGGUAAAACUUUUACACACAACCUUUUGUGUUAACACAUCAACAUAUAAAGAAUAACCUAAGUUUACGGUAUAGCCAGUAAAUUUAUUUUCAACAUUGAGAAAUGCGGCCUAUAUGAGUCCACCCAACAGCCCAGUUUAGACCUGAAAAAGAUUAAUUUGUAUGAACUGAAUUUGUCCAUGUGUUGUCCAGGUGAGUUGAGCCAUUACACUGUAUCAUGCGAGUUAUUUUUUCUGGUGUUCAUGUUGUCAGAUGUCCACAUCUUCCCUGUGAAGCUGUGCAUACUGUAUUGAUGAAAAGCAGUCGUGAAGUAACCUCUACAUGUGUCAUUUCAUCCAGUUGGACAAUGGUUUUCAAAAAUAGUCUUUGUUGAAAAGCUAUAGUGUUGUGAGCUUGACCAAUAAGUUAUUGUAUGGUGUUAUAUAUGAUCUGUCUUUACUGUUCUGGUUGUUGCAUACUGCUAAUGUUGACCAAAGAUUUUUUCAGUCCACAGGUGUGUACAGAAACCCCUUCAUAGUGUGUAAGGGGUAUGCAGUAUUAAGAGGGCCUGCCCAGUCUUCUCUCAUAUACUUUGCAAUUAACAGCAGUAUUCAGGGGUGGGCUCUGUUGUAAAAGACAAUAAAUUUCACCAAAACAAAACAGAAAAAAACAGCUUUUGACUGAUUUGGGGUGAAAAAACUAAUUUUCGUGGUGUUUUUGUAUUUAAAAAAAUCUGCUCAUGGGACUAUACUUGAUUAAGGCAUUGCUCCUGUAUUGUUGGUGUGGUUGCUUGCAGUAUCCUGACUGACUGGACAAACAGCAGGAAGGUAUGCUGUAUCUGGAGGCUAGAAGUAUGUACUGUGAAUGAGUCAAACACUGAGAAAUAAUAAUAAUAAAAAGAAUGCAAUUUAUAAUAAUGGCCCCACACAUGAGCACACAAUAAAAAAGAACUGGUGAACAAAAUGUAUAUAGAACUGUAUAUUCUGUGAAUAGAGUAAUUUGUUAUCUGAAAUAAACCAAAAAAUAUACUGUAUAAAAUAGGCAAACUUCACCACUAACAUCAAAUAUUUUUCUUUUUUUUCAAAUAGAAAUGAACAAGAACAUUGUGUGGUACAUGUCUGAUUAUUUCCUCAUGGUAUACUGUUCUGGUUUUGCUCUGGAAUCUGUAUGUUUUUUCAUUCUGUAUUUAAAUUCAAUGGGCUAGAUUUAUGAUCCCAUUUGUUUGUUGUUUGGAAUUGUAAAAAAAAAAAAAGGAAAAAAAAAAGGCGCAAAACCAACAUGUUGAUAGAUGUUCAUGAUUCUUGAUUUAAUGUUACAAUAUUCAUUCCAAUUAAAUAAAAAGCCAUAUGUUUACAAGCCUCA